AACAGAAUACAAUCACAUGACCGUCAUGUUCAAAGAGAAGAAACGCUGCAAAGCUAUUGAACAGAGAAAGUGGACCGCUUUAUGCAAAAUGACAUAACAGAAAAGUUUGUGCAGUUGUAAUAUUAUUUCCUGACACGUUACAGUCACGCGCUGCUAUCAUAAUGUCAAACGGAAGAGUGUUACUGCGUCUUAUCCGUUUGAUUUAGAGAUGAAGUCACAAAUGACUUUCGUUUUAUUAAGUCUGUGCUUGUUGCCAGUCAUUUUUGUGUUGGCAGAUUCACGCUCAUUUUCCAUCGACUACAAGAACAACUGCUUCCAAAAGGAUGGAAAACCAUUUCAGUACAUCUCAGGAAGCAUCCACUACUCCCGCAUUCCUCGGGAAUAUUGGAAGGACAGGCUGCUCAAGAUGUACAUGACUGGACUCAAUGCGAUUCAGGUGUAUGUGCCAUGGAACUUCCACGAGACUGUGCAGGGGGUGUUCAACUUUGCAGGAGACAGAGAUCUUGAGUACUUCUUGAACCUGGCCAAUCAGACAGGGCUGUUAGUCAUCCUGCGACCAGGGCCGUACAUCUGUGCAGAAUGGGAAAUGGGUGGUUUGCCUGCCUGGUUGCUACAAAAGCCAAACAUUAUCCUUCGUUCAGCUGACACAGAGUAUUUGAAGCCAGCAAGUGAGUGGUUGGCUGAGCUGCUCACUAAGAUGAGGCCGUGGCUUUAUCAGAAUGGAGGAAAUAUUAUCAGUGUGCAGGUGGAGAAUGAAUAUGGCAGCUACUUCGCCUGUGAUUACAACUACAUGCGGCAUCUUCACACUCUGUUCCGUUUGUUCCUGGGGGAGGACGUCAUUCUCUUUACUACGGAUGGGAAUACGGAUAAAGAGAUGAUCUGUGGCACACUUGAGGGCUUGUACGCCACUAUAGACUUUGGCACAGAUACCAACAUUACUGCUGCCUUCAUUCGACAAAGAAGGUUUGAGCCUAAAGGCCCACUGGUGAAUUCUGAGUUCUAUACAGGCUGGUUGGAUCACUGGGGUGAAAAACAUGCUUCUGUGGACACUGUCAAAGUAAGCAAAAUGCUGGGAGAGAUGUUGUCCAUGGGUGCCAGUGUGAACAUGUACAUGUUUGAGGGAGGAACAAACUUUGGUUACUGGAAUGGAGCGGAUCAUGAUAGCAGGUUUCGGUCUGUGGUGACCAGUUAUGAUUACAAUGCACCUUUAUCAGAGGCAGGAGACCCCACUGACAAACUGCUUGCCAUCAGAGAUGUCAUUAAGAAUUUUCGAGACAUUCCAGUUGGUCCCAUGCCACCAGCCACCCCAAAGUUCGCUUAUGGCUUUGUUACACUUCAGAAGGUUGGCAACAUCAGCAGCUUGUUGGAUACGCUGUCACCCCAAGGUCCAGUACGAUCUCAAUAUCCUUUGACGUUUGAGGAGAUUAAACAGUACUAUGGCUUCAUGCUUUACCGAACGACACUGCCACGGAAUGUUCCCGAGCCGACGCCUCUCAUCUCGCCCCUCAAUGGCAUCCAUGAUCGUGCAUACGUCUCUGUGAAUGGGGUGUACCAGGGGCUUAUGGAGAGGGACACUGCACUGGUCAUGAACGUUACAGGACAACAAGGGGAUCAGUUGGACAUACUCGUGGAGAACAUGGGCAGGAUCAAUUUUGGCAGUUAUAUCAAUGAUAAAAAGGGUCUCUUGGGUAACCUCAUUUUGGGCAAUGAUGUUCUCACUGAUUGGUCAAUCUAUCCACUGGACAUUGACACUGCCGUAGCCAAUGGCUGGCUGCAGGCGGCUCACUCAGGGUCAGCGAUGGAAGCAGGAGACGGACCAAUGAUCUACUCAGGAACCUUGAAGUCUACAGGCCUCGCAUGGGACACUUUUGUAAAACUUAAUGGAUGGACUAAGGGUCAGGUGUGGGUAAAUGAGGUGAACCUGGGAAGGUAUUGGCCCCAGAGGGGCCCCCAACAGACGCUCUAUGUUCCUGGACCUUUUCUUAGUGCCACUCAACCAAACAACAUCACAGUGCUGGAGCUGGAAAGAGCUCCUUCACACAGAAGAAUCCUGUUUAUGGACCGGCCUCAGCUGAACAACACUGGACAGAAGACAUGAUCAUAUACUCUAACAGUGAUAACCAGUUUCAGUAUAGCUCCAUCAUCUCUGCUCAAAUCUAUCAAGUAUAACAGAAAUACAGCCAUUAUAAUGCAUAACACUGUAAUUUUUGCCACAUUUGCCCAAUUUACUGGUCAGUUUAUUGCUUUAGAAAUGGUAAAAAUGCUAAAGUUUUUCCACACCAAGGUGCUGAGGUUAAUUUUCGUACUCUGACAAAUCUAAGAAGUCAAGACCUUGAUGUGCAUUAAAGUUUAUCUGCUUUAAAAGAAGAUGAUUUAAAUCUCAGUGUCAUAACUCCAUAUUCAACGUUUUUGAGGGGGACAGUCAUGAUGUAAAAUAUCUGGA